AUCGACAUAUCCUCUGUAGCACAAGAUGGACACCGUAGAGACUUACAAGCCCGCAUUCACCGAACCGCCGGGCACUAACCUGGCCGGUAUACCGAUUAAGGGUCUGCAGCUCCCGUCGCCUUGGGUCUCGUACGGUCGGCCGUACUACGAAUCAUGUGCAAAGCAUAUCAAGGAAACAUUUCAUGCAUCGAGAGUGUAUAUUAUUGCUUCUGGGUCGCUCUCUAGGAAUACUGAUAAGGUGUUGAAGCUCGUCGAGGCCAUCGGAGAGGACAAUGUCGUGGGCUUGCGGAAGGGGAUGACGCCACACACACCAUGGUCUGAGAUUCUUUCCAUCUCGGCAGAGUGCCGCAAAGCGAAAACAGACUGCGUAGUAACGUUAGGGGCUGGAAGUACGACUGAUGGAGCAAAGCUCGUCGUAUUGUGUCUUGCAAACGCAAUCAGCGAACCGAACCAGCUUGCUCGCUACUCUGUGGGAAGCACCGAUAUACCGUCAGACGUGAAGCAACCAACCGUUCCCCUGAUCACGAUUCCGACGAGCCUUUCUGGUGGCGAAUAUUUUUCCCUUGCGGGAGGUACCAACGAUUCCACGCACCACAAACAAGGCUUCUUGCACUCAGGAAUGGGCUCCAAGCUCAUCAUCCUCGACCCGGAGCUCUGCAUCACCACUCCAGAGUAUCACUGGUUAUCCACUGGUAUCCGAUCUGUAGAUCAUUGCGUGGAAGCGCUCUGCUCUCUGGAUGCAACGGCUACCUCAGAUGACAAGGCUAAGAAAGGGCUGGAACUUCUCGUGCCAAGUCUUCUGAAAUGUAAGGCUGAACCAAAAGACGUGGAAGCAAAGCAUCGAUGCCAAAUGGCGGUUAAUUACGCUAUGGAUAACGUACGCGCAGGAAUCCCGAUGGGUGGAAGCCAUGCAAUUGGACAUCAACUCGGUCCCCUUGGAGUACCACACGGGAUUACCAGCUGCAUCAUGUGCCCCGCGGUUAUGAAGUACAACCUCAAGCAUGGAUCCUCGAAUCCCGAGAUUGCGCGUCGACAAGAGAAGGUAAAGCAAAUCCUACGGUCUGAGCCUGAGGUUGCAGCUACACUUAAAGCUGCUGGACUGAACGAAGAUUCCGCGGAGCUGGGGGAUCUCUUGGACGUUAUAAUUCGUGCCCUAGGCCUGCCGCGAACAUUGACAGAGUUGGAAGUGUCUCGAGAUUUGAUACCAGAUUUGUCGAAGAGAGCAUUAGAUGACUUCUGGGCGCCGACAAAUCCGGUCCCGCUCCUUAAAGCCGAACAGGUCCAGGAAAUCCUGGAAACUGUGAUAUAG